AGGGACUACGCAGUCUUAGCUUGUGUUAUGCUGCACAAUCAUUUAAUGAAAAUACAUAAAUACAAAGAAAAGCAAAUUACCCUACGCUGGGGGAGAAGGAGUUUUAAAUGUGACUGUUAUUACUGUUGCAUAGUUCUUACAGAAGAAAACAGCCCUAUCCCCCCAACAUAUCUUCUCAUAUUCUAUCAUGUCUUGUAUUAUCUAACCAUACAUACUCUCAUACCAGACCAGAAAGUAUCCCUGGAACACACUUAAAAGCAAAUGUUAGUGAAAAUAAUUGGUGAGAAGAAGAUGUAACACUGAACUGACAACUGUUAAUAAGAUUUCAAGCUCUCCUGUGUAAUAGGUACACUCUCAAAUCAUUUUUAUUCCUUACAAUAUAGUGAGCAGACAAAAAUAAGACUGCAUCUUCAAGCUCCCACAUUAACUUUAUAGUCAUGAAACUGCUCCUUACCUAUAGAAAGCAAGAAACAAUGCAGGCAUUUUCUACAGCCUCCUCAGUGGUGCAAAAUCACAGCUCUAAAUUCUAGACUGAAUCACUAACAGCUCUACAAACAAAUAGAAAAAUCCAGCUGAGUUCCUUCUUCCUCUCCUGCUUGAAUAUGUAAGCAUAUCAAAUAUGCACAUCAGCUGUUGACUUCUGCUUUGUGGCACUCGUACAGUUGAGGGUUGGACGAGCGGUGGGGUGUCUCAGCAAAAAAAGUAGAGGAGGUCUGACGUGUCCUUCAGAUCUGUAUCUCAAGAUCAGUUACAGUUCUCAGAACAAACUCAGGUACCACACGAUCCUCUGAGCUGCUCCAAGGGCUGCCCUACAGACUUUCAUAGGUAAGCCAGUAAGAGCAAAUAAGAGAAUGUUACAAAACACUGCUCCAGUGGAGCUCUGGUGUUGAAUACAUCAGUCACAUUCACCUGUGUUGGUUAGACUGCCAGGAACAGGCCAAGUGUUGGAACAGCCACAUUGCUGGGUAGUGUAUGCCUCUCCCUCUGUGUAAGCAGCAACAGUAGAGCAACCCUAGGCGUAGUGAAAACAACCACCAGCAUCAAAUCUUCCUCCUGCUUGACCUUAUACUGUGGUCAGAUCUGCGUAGGAACUACUGGCCUCUGGAAAGACAGCUGCACCCUCUCAGGCUUUUAUCUUUCAAGCCCUGAACACAAGCCCUGUUGCGUGUAGAUAAGAAGCCCAAGGUGCAAGUCAGUUUAACAAAAUGUUUGGGACUGUGGUGGUUGGAGUUGGAAUUGCUGGCUUAGCACGGAUCCGAGAUUUGAUGAAUCCAGUGCCUUCCACCCCUUCUGAGCAUCUGAAGCUCCUUGGAUUUGUAUCCAGGAGAAGUUUUGGGAAUAUUAAUGAGGUCAAGCAGAUUAGCCUGGAAGAUGCUCUAAGAAGCGAAGAGAUUCAUGCAGCCUUCAUUAGCACAGAGAACAGAAGCCAUGAAGAAACGAUCAGAAUGUUUUUAGAAGCUGGGAAACAUGUCCUUGUUGAGUACCCCAUGGCCUUGUCUGCUAAGGCAGCCCAUGAGCUCUGGGAGAUGGCUGAGCAAAAAGGUAAAGUUCUCCAUGUGGAGCAUAUUGAACUUCUGACUGAAGAAUACAAGCAGCUGAAAAAGGAGGUGGCUGGGAAAGACCUGGUGAAGGGAACGUUGCAUUUCACAGGUAGCGUCCUCGAUGAAACAAAAGCAGGGUUCCCAGCUUUCAGUGGAAUUGCCCGACUGACUUGGCUAAUUGACCUGUUUGGAGACCUCACUGUUACCUCUGCCACCAGAGAAGAGCAGAAGGAUAAGAAUUAUUCUAGAAUGACCGUUCAUUUUCAGACUGCAAACAAGAAACCUCUGACUUGGAUUGAAGAAAGAGGACCGGGGAUGAGACGUGAAAAGAAAAUCAAUUUCUGUUUCACCAGUGGUUGCCUGGAGAACUUCCCUCAAGCCCCAAGGUCUGCUGUGGGCCUUUUCAUGCAGGAUCAGAACCUCUUUGCCAAAAAACUUCUGGGACAGAUAUCCAGGGACAAGCUGGCUUCUGAGAAAUGGCGAAUUUUGCGGUGUCUUGACCUUGCUGGGAUGAUUCAACAGCAAUGUGAACAGCCAGAGAAAAUCUGUUCUUGAGGCUGCUCUUCCAGGGGGAACGUAGCAGACAGGAAAGCUGUAGGUCUAGAGCUCAGUGUUGCCAUCAGGCAAUUGCUGUUUCUGCUUCAUUACAUUCUCUUUGACUGAAUGUGACUCCUAGGUUCUCUAUGUGGACUGGAGAGCCUGGGCUAUGCCCCAUGCCUCAUGGUGUUUGCUAGAGCAAAGCAACAUGUUACCCUGCUCUGAUGCACUGCUGUCCUUUCAGGCAGAUAGGAAGCUAGCAGUAACAAGCUUUCUUGUGGUUGCUUCCAAGCAAUUCAGUUGGUAAUGUCCCUGAGAUCAGAUAAUGGAAGAUAUGUGACAUGAUUUUCCUUCCUGAGUAUUCUUUCUCUUCUGUUUAGAAAUGUCUAAAAAUGAGACACAUAGGAUUAUCUAGAACAAAGCUCUAAAUGAGUUUUCCACCUCUUUGCUUGAUCUGCAAAAGUUAUGCCACCUGAGACCCAACCUUUCUUCUGGAUGGCCUGAACUGUUUCGUGUGUUUGCUCUAAUUAGUAGUUGUGCCUGCUUUGUUUUGUGUUUCACUCUGGAAGUCAUCUACCUUCAAACAGAAUCUAUAAUGUUAUCAAACCAGAACAGAAAUAUCUUGUUUCUGAAAGAUGCCAUGUUGAGUUCAUUCUGUUUCUGUGGUGUCCUUUGCCAACACAGAAAUGUUUUUCCAGCAGAGAUUAAAACAAUACGUUAAAUCAAUGCAUCACCUGAUUACUUUCCUUUUUCUUUUUUUUUGUGUUGGAAGCAUCGUGUUAUUGACCUUCAUUUGUGUUCUGUAUCUGAUUCAGCUUGUGAGUGAUUUCUCACCUAAAAAUAAUAUAUGUCCUGAUAUUAAGAAAAAACGAACUAAUGUUCUCCUGGAAACAGUAAAAUUCAUUAGAAAUAGUGAUAAAAUUAGAAUAGAACUGAAGAAAAUGGAGCAAUUUGCAAAUAUAGCCAUGCAAUUACCAAGUAUCACACCUGUGGGGAUGGAUGUGUAGCAUUUUACAGUAGUCCCAGGGUCACAUAUGAAGACAUUAUCACUUCCCUAAAGAAUCGUUUUAUUUGAGAAGAAGCCUAAACAGUGCACAAAACUAUUAACGAUUUCUCUAUUUGCCUUUUAUUUUCUAAUUACAGUAUUUUCCUAUGCUGUAUUAAUAUAGUAGCAAACUUCAGUCUGUACAGUUGUUCUCUCAAAUAUAGAACCAUCAUCUCCUCACUAUGUUAUAACUUUGGCAAUUUUGAAUAAGGAGUUUGUAUGUUGUGAAUGUGUAGGUAACUACUACCACACAGUACUAGUGGAAAAAGGUUUUCCUUUAGGUCAAUCGUGUUCAUUCUAAAGUUGGAUACAAUUCAGUUAGAGUUUGAAACAGGGAAGGAAAGAAAGACUGCAUUUUUUCCGAAUAAUUCAGAUUUUAGGAGCAAAUAGGCCUUGAUAUGUGAAUGAGUUCUCCAUACAAAAUAUGUUUGAAUCUAUUCUAUCUGUUAAAAUAAGUGAAAAGCAUUUCAAGUGUUUGAAAUCCACACGUGUUGCUAGCAGAUCUGUGCAGGCAGAUCACGUGCUUGUCCACCCAAACCUUACCUAGCAUUCUCAGGAACUCAUUUAUGAAUGUAAUGGACUUUACCUGGGUGGACCUGAUGCUGAGUGAGUGGGAAGGAUUUUAUCCUAACUGGAUUCGUGGAAAAACACAAAAAGUCCAUCCUGGAUCAAAAUGAAAUCAAAAUCUGCUGUGUAUGUGUAUCUGCUAUGUAUGAUGGCACGUACUAUUUCCUGUUUACUGUUGAACUCCUUAUCUGUGAGUGUGGGGUGAACACCACUUGCUAAUUGACAGUGGGUAGUGAGGGAGGGACAGCAAAGGGAAGGGAGAUUUCACACUUUCCAUAAGCAUCAAAAUUAACCACUAAGUCUCCCUGGGGCUGCUCUGUAGUUACUGGCAAGAGCUGUAGUGAGUUAUAUUCCUCUAAGGAAUAGAAAAUAAGCUUGUGGGAGCUGUAGAGCAGCAGUGUAACCGUUCAGUGAAUCACCCUGGAGAAGCCAGUUUCUGUAGCAAGUGCUUGGGGAAAUUAGCUGGUUAUUUUGAGCUGAUGGAGGCAGAUUCUGGGUAUCCUGUGCUGUCCUCCAUCCCCACUAUUCCUCCCAGCUGACCUACUGCACUUAAAAGCCUGGAGCACUCAAACUGCUUUUUCUUUGACGUGGUGAAUUUGCUGAUGUACUGCUGUGGUUUGUAUACAAGAGGUACUGGAUAUCAAGUUUCAAAUGUAUAUAUUGCUUAACCAGAUGUCAAACUCACCAAUAAAAGAACUGGAGUUCUUAAUCAUU